GUUAAAUUCGAGUUUUGACGUGUUAAAACAGGUUUGGGUCAAUUUCGGUUCAGGUAGGGAUCGGUUCAGGUUAAUAAUUUACGGGAUACAUUCGGGUUGGAUCAUCUCCAAAUCGGUUCAUGUUCGGGUAUCCAAUACUCGGGUUACUUCGAGUUUAGGGUUGAUUUCAUAUCGAGUUUGGGUCACCAUUUUCUCGGAUUCAGACGGGUCGGUAUUUUGAGUCGGAUCUUUUGACAGCUCUAACAAUAAAACCCCUGCAAUUUUUUUUUUGGAUCAACGUAGUAGAUAGUGCUUUUAAAAACAAAAGUUGUAACGAGUAUAAAAACAAAACCAAAAACCCAACUGUAUUACUGUGCACCCUUCUCUUCUUCAACAAACCUCCUCACGGUCCUCAGUCCUCCCUCUUUAAAAACCCUCUCUAAACCCCACUUUCUCUCUCCUCCUCCAUUUUCCACAACAAUGGCGUUUUCUCUCUCCUCUUCUUCUUCAACCCUCUUCCUCACUCUCACACUCACCCUCUUCUCUCUCCUCCUCCUCUCCCACCAACAACAACUCCCACCACUCAACUCAGCAGAGCAGGAAUCCGUCUACCUCGCUCUCGAAUCGAUCAACCCAGAAAUUCAAUGGCGAACUCUCUACCCAGAUGACCUCUGUCUCUCCGCCCCACACGGCGUCGUUUGCGGCUAUCUCCCCAACCCCAACUCAAACGACACCGUUUUCACUCCCCACAUUGUCGAGCUCAAUUUCGGGUAUGUUCUAGAUUCUUCUGAUAAUCCUCCUUGUUCUUCCAAUUCCUCUUUCCCGCUUUCUCUCUCCUCUUUCUCUCACCUCCGUAAACUGUUCUUCUACCGUUGUUUUACGGGUUCCCCUGUUUUGCUCCCUUCUCUUGAAACGGUGUCGUCUGAGCUUGAGGAGCUCGUUUUCAUGGAGAAUCCCGCGCUUUUUGGGUCACUCAGUGGCAUUUUUGGUAAUUUUACUUCGUUGAGGAGGUUUAUUUUGACUGGUAGUAACGUCUCUGGUGGGGUACCUGAUGAAAUUACGAAAUUACCCUCGCUUGAGCAACUUACUAUUUCUGGAAAUGGGAAUUUGGGAAUGGUGGAAAAGGGAAUGAUUCCAAAUGAUUUGGGAUUUUUGGAGAAAUUAAGGGUGCUUGAUUUGAGCAGAAAUGGGUUAACGGGUACAAUCCCAAAUUCUUUGGGUAAUCUCAAAUUACUGCUUAAACUUGAUUUGAGUUGCAAUAAUUUUGUGGGUAAAAUUCCAGAAGAUUUGAAGAAUUUGCAAAACCUUGAAUUUCUUGAUUUAGGGUUUAACAAAUUUGGGAAUUUUGGGAUUCCUUUGUUUUUGGGUAACAUGCCCAGAUUAAGGGAAGUUUACUUGAGUGGGAAUCCACUGGGAGGGGCAAUUCCGGAGAUAUGGAAAAAUCUCAGGGGUAUUUUAGGAAUUGGACUUUCUGGGGUCGGUCUUGUUGGUAAUAUACCUUCUUCUAUGGGGGUAUUUUUGACAAAUGUGAGCUACAUUGGGCUAGACAAUAACAAACUUGAAGGAACAAUACCAAAAGAAUUGGGGUUGUUGGAACAUGUAAAUGAGAUGAAUUUGCAAAAUAACCAAUUAAGUGGUGGAAUUCCCUUUUCUACCCCUUUUGUUGCUAGAAUUGGUGGGAAGCUUAAACUUGAGGGUAAUUCUGGAAUUUGCUUGGAUAAGAGUAUGAAAUGGUCUGUUGAUCAAGUUAAGGGUAGUUUGAGAAAUUUGAAAAUUUGCAGUCCUACAACUGAAAAUCCCAAUGCUGCCCUUUUCGUCGAUGGCAAUGGCAAUGGCAAUGGCAAUGGCGGUGUCUCUCUCCGUUGCAAUUGGUAUUUGGUUGUCGUAUUGGGGGUAUUUUGGUCAUUUAAUCUUGUGGGAUGUUAGUGUACGUGACUGACACUUUACUAUGUUGGUGCACACAAAAAUUUUGUGAAGAGGGGAAGACUUAGGUAAUCUUCUGUUUUAGGCUAACCUUGGGUAGAAAUGAAAAAUGUACAUUUUCAGAUUUGCAUUUUGCUGUAAUUAGAGGGCUAACUAAGCUGCAAAUCUUUGUAAUUAUCGAAUUUUGCAAUAUAAUC